GCUGCUGUUGACAAUGAAACUCGAGAUUUAUGGGUCGAAGCUCUUCAGAAGCUUAUUGGACCUGCUGAAGUUUCUGGGCCAAUGAAUGCACAAAGAAUAUCAGCACCAAGACUAUCCAGACUUUUCGAAUCGCCAAAUCCCAAGAAAAUCUACGAAGAAGAUAAAACUCGAGAUGGGGAUAAAUCCCAGUUGUGCUGUGAUGAAGAGAAAAAAGAAGCUUUUAUUGAUCAUAUCUCAGAGACUAGGUCUCUUCUUAAAAACGACAGUGAUAAUACAAAAGAGUGUAAUUCACACUUCUUAUUUUCUGAGGAUGAUUGCGUUAUCAACAGUCCUGGAUUUGAGCACACUCAUAACUUAAGCAUUAUCCGUUCUACUUUGCCACAGGAAAAACAGCGACUUCUUGCAUCAGAAGCCACUCAUACUACGAACUUUACUAUUCCACAUGACGGAAAAGAAACAUGUAACAAUUACCCUACGAACUUACAUAAUGAUACAAUUGGUUCCAAGGUCAGCACACGAAACUCCAGCUUACAGACUGCUGGUCGUCAAGAGCUGUCCGAGUACACCUCUUCAGAACAAAGCCAGUAUGAGGAAACUGCUAUUAUUCCUGAGAUUCACACUAAACAUGUCACUGAGGAGACACGCUACUCAACUUCAAGUGAUAUGAGCCACGUUAAGCAGACCUGUGAUGCUGACGUUCCAGAUAACUUAAGUCUUUUGGUUCUGACUGGAGACACACCCAAAUCGUUAUCUCCGGUGAGCUCUCUUUCUGACACUGCAGACUCAUAUGCCGUUGAAGAGUUGAAAAACUUUAUCACAAGUCUCGGAGAAAGCCAAGAAAUAGAAGAAUCUUUACUUGGUAAAAGCACCGCAAUAAAUUCGAUGAAAUCUUUCUUGGAUAACAUGAAUCGAGAAGAGAAUGUCAGCAGUUAAUCAUUUUUAAUCAGAAAAAAAGUGUAAUGUAUAUGCACUUUCCACCCUAUUUAUUGAACAAGUGAAAUUCGUGUAUUGUAUAUUUGUUUAUCUAGUUUUAUCUUUCUUCAUUAAAAAUGUUUCCAGCUAUUUUUAUUUUCACAUUCAUUUAUAUGGUGUAAAUGUACAUCUUACAACUCCAAAAGAGAGAAAAAUGAUUCUCGCCUGUAAAGUAACCUUAAUCUGUAUUAAUAAAAUUGUUCAAUCUAAUCGACAAGUGACCGGAAUAAGAGACUUAGGUGUAAGUUAAGCUGUUUGAUGUUACUGGAGAGAAACUAAAAAUGUCAUUUUGUUUUAUCAUGUUUGUAUUAAGAGUUGAUUUCAAAUUGUGUUUCCUUGUUUAGUUUGCUGCCGUUGAAACACAUUGAAGUGUUUUUGAAACCCAUAGCACUAACUUUACAACUGGUUUGUAUGUUACUGUAAUAAGUAUAUGUACUUCUGGAACUUGAUUUUUUCAAUAUUUUAUAGCAAUGUUAUACUUUUAUUAUACUAUAAAGUAUUCAAAAUGUGCAAAUUUGUAAAGUGAUUUUUGUUACCAUUCAGAUAUACCUUCAAUAUUCACUGGAGCACUACUGAUUUGAUCAUGUUUGACCUGUUGUAGAUAAUAACUUUUUUUCUAAACUAACCUCACACUAAUAGCCAAAACAAAGAAACGGAUGAGUUGCAACAUAGGCUUUAGUUUAAAAGUUCAGCUAAUUACCAUAUAUAUGUUGUUCAAGAACUGUCCUGGCAAACUGA